GAUGCUAUUCCCAAAUAAGCACACCAAAAAAUCAAUAAUCUUGGGGAGGGUACUUGAUUUUAGGGUCGUCUUCUUCCCCCAAAGGCCAAAACCCUGACCGGCCAAAACCCUAAGCAAAAUUCAAGCAAUGAUUCCCUAAUCCAGUUCAACAAUGGCCUACGUUAGCCUCAUACACAAUUGUUCCAUACUAAGGCGAACGGCAACUCCAUUGGUCGCCACGGCCUCAUCGUAUUCCGCCACCGCUCCCGUCUCAUCUCUUCAGCUGUAUCGGCGCUUUCAAUUAAGAAAAUGCCACAUUCUUCUCCGUCCCAGAAGGCCGACCCAAAGCUCGAACAAGUUUUUGUUCUGUUCCUCUGCUAGCAGUAGGUCUUCUCCAGCCCUUGCACUUGGGCUGCGCAGAAAUGAGGCCACUUCUUCUUUCUCUAUCCCGUAUUAUCAUCAGCAGAUUUUUGGGUUUAGCAGAUCUGCACACUCUGAGUGCCCGUCCGAGUCCGAGUCUGAUCAGGAAUUGGAGCCUGAGUCCAAGCAGUUGGCAAAAGAGUGGAAGUGGAAGUUAACUACACUCUUGCGUAAUGAAAAAGAACAAGAGGUGAUCUCAAGAGAGAGAAGGGAUCGUCGUGAUUAUGAGCCUCUAUCAGCACUUGCAACCAAAAUGGGCUUGUAUAGUCACCAAUAUGAAAAAGUAGUCGUCAUCAGUAAAGUUCCUUUACCACAUUAUCGAUCUGAUCUAGAUGCUAAACGUCCGCAAAGGGAGGUGGUCUUACCCCAAGGAUUGCAAGACCGUGUAAAUGCUCUUUUAGAAUCUUAUUGUUCUAGAAAGUCUAUCCAUAACCAAAGGUCAGAGUCCAACUACUUUUCAAGAUCGGAUGAUGGCCAUAAAUUUUCAAAUGAUGAUAAACUUGGUGAGAAUAAGAAGCCACCUUCACGAUAUAUUGUUCCUGAGAAAAUCCUUCGUCGUCGGAGUUUGGACAUGCAACUCAAACAACAAAAUUGGCAGGAAUCUUUAGAAGGGCAGAAGAUGCAAGAACUCAGAAGGAAUUUGCCUGCAUAUAAGGAGAGAGAGAAUUUAUUAAAUUCCAUUUCUCAGAAUCAGGUUGUAGUCGUGUCUGGUGAAACUGGAUGUGGUAAAACCACACAACUGCCACAAUAUAUCCUUGAAUCAGAAAUUGAAGCUUCUCGCGGAGCUACUUGUAACAUUAUAUGUACCCAGCCUAGGAGAAUAUCUGCUAUGGCAGUAGCAGAAAGAGUUGCUGCAGAGAGGGGUGAGAAUCUGGGAGAAUCUGUUGGUUAUAAAGUUCGUCUUGAGGGGAUGAAAGGGAGGGAUACUCGUCUUUUAUUUUGCACUACCGGCAUUCUAUUAAGGAGAUUGCUUGUUGAUAGAAAUUUGGAGGGUGUUUCCCAUGUUAUUGUUGAUGAGAUUCAUGAACGUGGAAUGAAUGAAGAUUUCCUUCUAAUUGUCCUCAAAGAUAUUCUUCAACGCCGACCAGAUUUAAGGUUGAUUUUGAUGAGUGCCACGCUUAAUGCUGAGCUUUUUUCCUCAUAUUUUGGUGGUGUUCCUAAGAUUCACAUUCCUGGCUUUACUUAUCCUGUUCAGAGUUAUUUCCUGGAAAAUAUUUUGGAAAUGAUUGGGUACCGGUUGACUACAUUUAAUCAAAUUGAUAAUUACGGCGAAGAUAAAUUGUGGAAAAUGCAGAAACAAACUCUUAGGAAGAGGAAAUCACAAAUUUCUUCAGCUGUUGAGGAUGCACUUGAAAAUGCCAAUUUUAUGCAGUAUAGUCCUUGGACUCGGGAAUCAUUAUCUUGCUGGAAUCCAGAUUCAAUUGGCUUUAACCUCAUUGAGCAAGUACUUUGCUAUAUAUGUAGAAAAGAAAGACCUGGUGCUGUUUUAGUAUUUAUGACUGGUUGGGAUGACAUAAAAGCUCUAAAGGAUCAGCUCCAAGCAAAUGCACUAUUGGGUGAUUCAAGUAGAGUUUUAUUGCUUGCAUGCCAUGGUUCAAUGGCCAGUACAGAGCAGAAACUUAUUUUUGAUAAGCCUGAAGAUGGAGUGAGGAAGAUCGUGCUAGCCACCAAUAUGGCUGAAACAAGCAUCACUAUAAAUGAUGUGGUCUUUGUUGUAGACUGUGGAAAGGCAAAAGAGACAUCUUAUGAUGCACUCAAUAACACUCCUUGCUUGCUUCCUUCUUGGAUUUCAAAAGCUUCUUCUCGGCAAAGAAAAGGAAGAGCUGGCCGUGUUCAACCUGGAGAGUGCUUUCAUCUAUAUCCUCGAUGUGUAUAUGAUGCCUUCGCUGACUAUCAAUUGCCAGAGCUUUUGAGAACACCGUUACAGUCUUUAUGCCUGCAAAUUAAAAGUUUACAACUUGGAAGCAUCUCAGAUUUCCUCUCCAAGGCCCUGCAGCCACCAGAAUCACUCUCUGUUCAUAAUGCCGUCUUGUAUUUAAAGACAAUUGGUGCUUUAGAUGAAGAUGAAAAUUUAACAUUGCUUGGACGACACUUGUCAAUGCUUCCUGUGGAACCAAAACUUGGAAAAAUGCUCAUACUAGGUUCCAUUUUCAAUUGUGUGGAUCCUAUAAUGACUGUUGUUGCUGGCCUAAGUUUGCGAGAUCCUUUUUUGAUGCCAUUUGACAAGAAAGAUCUUGCUGAAUCAGCAAAAUCCCAGUUUUCUGCCCGUGACUUUAGUGACCACCUCACUCUUGUCCGUGCUUAUGAAGGCUGGAAAGAUGCCGAGAGGAACCAGUCUGGUUAUGAAUACUGUUGGAAGAAUUUUCUCUCUCAACAAACUCUUAAAGCCAUUGAUUCUCUUCGGAAGCAAUUUAGCUACCUGCUCAAGGACACUGGUUUAGUUGGUGGUGUGGAAAGUUGCAACAUGUGGAGUCAUGAUGAACACCUUGUUCGAGCAGUUCUCUGUGCUGGUCUAUUCCCUGGAAUAUGUUCUGUUGUGAACAAGAAGAGGUCAAUAUCAUUGAAAACAUUGGAUGAUGGAGCCGUUCUCUUGCACUCGAAUUCUGUGAAUUCCGUUGAGCCUAGAAUUCCAUACCCAUGGCUCGUGUUCAAUGAAAAAGUGAAAGUUCAUGCCGUCUUCCUCCGUGAUUCUACAGCUGUUUCUGAUUCGAUGGUUAUUUUAUUUGGGGGAAAUAUUUCAGAAGGCAGUACACAUGGGCACUUAAAAAUGCUGGGAGGAUACCUGGAGUUUUUCAUGAAACCCGCUCUAGCAACCACAUACGCGAGACUGAAGAGAGAACUUGAUGAGCUAAUCCAUGAAAAGCUUCUGAAUCCAAAAAUAGACAUAGGCAAUCAUGAUGAGCUAAUGUCAGCAGUAAGAAUGCUGGUUUCAGAGGAUGCAUGUGAAGGUAGAUUUGUGUUUGGCCGUAAUAAUAAACAAGAGUCUGCCAUCAAAUCCAAACGAGAUGUUGAGGCAGGCACUGUUUCAAAAAAGGGCAGCGGUGGUGACAACCCAAAGUCUCAACUCCAAACUUUGCUUGCUCGAGCUGGAUAUGAAGCUCCCAUUUAUAAAACAAAGCAACUAAAUAAUAAUCAGUUCCGAGCUGCGGUAAUGUUCAAUGGUAUGCAAUUUGUUGGCCAUCCAUGCCGUUGUAAGAAAGAAGCAGAAAAGACUGCUGCUGCCGAAGCUGUUCAGUGGUUUACUGCCAUCAAAUCCAAACAAGAUGGUGAGGCAAGCACUACUUCAAGAAAGGGAAAUUUUGAGGCCAGCACCAUUUCAAGUAAGGGCAAUGGCGGUGACAACCCGAAGUCUCAUCUCCAAACGUUGCUUGCUCGAGAUGGACACGGAUCUCCCAUUUAUAAAACCAGGGAAUUAAACAAUAAUCAGUUCCGAGCAACGGUAAUGUUCAAUGGUUUGGAUUUUGUUGGCCAUCCAUGCCGUAGUAAGAAAGAAGCAGAAAAGGCUGCUGCUGCCGAAGCUGUUCAGUGGCUGACUGGAGAGACCCAAUCUUCCCAGGAAACUGUUGAACACUUGUCUGCAAUACUAAAAAGAAGCAAAAAGAAACUCGUUGCUUCAAGCUGGAGGUGAGACGUGGAUAGAAAAUAUCUUAAAACAAAUCCAACAAUUGCUUCCACCACAAGUGGUCAUUCAUAGUUAAUGAUUCUUUAUCCUCACGUCUUGGCGAAAGAAAGAUUCUUGUGAAGAGUGACUCCUUACCUGUGUUGGUUUACAAGAGAGGUGGGAGGAUCAAUCUUUGGAGGCAGAAUAGAGGAAAACCCAACCCCACCCCACAUUAGCAACUGGAAGUUACUUAGUUUAAGCCAUUCGUGUCGAGUUGCAUAGAAGUGGCGAUGUACUUACUCCAGGUGGCAGCAGUGACAGUUACUCUGUUCGUAGCGACUUCGGGCUGAGAUCCUAUUGCUUUUAGGUGAGUUUUCUAGUAAUGGUUAUAGAAUCUGCAUAUGGGUAGGCAUUCAUCCAACUGCUUAACUCAACCUUAGCUUGUUCUAUUUCAUGUGAUGUAUUUCUGAUAGUAGAAUAGAAGCAUGGCCCUCAAACCCUCAUGGCAUGUUUGGGUAGGAGGGUGUUUAUUUAUAGGACUAAAUCUGCAAUAGUAGACAUUAUAGGGGUUUACAUUUUUUUAGAUUAUGUGGGCUAUGCGUCAUAAAUAAUUUGGUUGUCUGAUUUUUGUUGGCUUACAAUCCAGUGUAAAUAUACCCAUUGUG